AUGGCCCCCACCGAAGAGGUCGUGCAGAGGCUCAAGGAGUCGCGGCCGCCGGCCACCGACGCCUUCACGUACCUCACCAUCAUUGAGAAGUCGCUGACCCCAGACAUUCUGCCUACCUUGGAAGAGAUCCUCGAUGAUUCCGAGCUCACCAAUGACAUUGGGUGGGACUUGGUUGACAUGCUGAUUUCUGUCCCCGGCAGUGCUGGAUGUCUGGAGAGAGUUGCCCGCCUGGGCAAUCCCCGGGAAGUCAUUCUGAAGGUGCUGGAGGUGAUGGACAAGACAGCUGCAGCUGCUAUCAAGGAGAACGAGCAAGAGGAGGAGGGCAAGGAGGUUCAGCCUCAUUCGGGUGUAAAUGGCGCCGACAAGUUCAUUGCCCUCGUGGGCAUGCUGAAGAUCCUCCAUGGGCGUCUGCAAGUGAGAUCGCCCUCUCGAUUUCUCCACACCACACUCGAUACCGUCCUCCGCGCAUACGACCCGACGAGCCCUGAAUCCACCGUCGCCGUGAUUGAUUUUGUUCGGUCGCUUUCGACGAGCAAGCGACCGCCACUUCCCACCCGCCAGUCGAGCACGAUGCUCGAAACACCCUUCCAAUCGACCGACCCUUCGCAAACCGCACCUGAUCCAGAGGCUGAUGAUUCAGACAAGAUGAACCCCUCUGAACCUAAGCUUAUCAAUCGCCUGCUGCAGUCUUUCAUUACAUGCAUAAUUGAUACAUACGUGAAUUCAAACAGCUUGGAAUGGGCUUCGAGACUUCUCGAAUACACCUACCCCGAGAAGGUGGUAUUGAGUCGCAGAUCCAUGACAAAGUCUUUCAACGAGGUGGCUGAGCUGAAAGCAAUGGACGCCCUUGUCGGGCAGCUGGCCUCAGUUGCCGACGAUCUGGGUCUGUCCAAGCUCCCAGUUGAGGAGGUACAUCAAAUCUUCGCUUCUGAGCCUAGCCGAGAACCCUUGUCCGUCGACGAUACGGACGCCGACCAUCCCGAAAAUGUCCAAUUGUCAACUGCGGGCCUAGUUUGCUUGGCGGCCUACUGGAUGGUCACUACUGAUGUCUUCGACGCGCAGCACGAGAAUGUCAAGAUGAAUAUCUUCCCCCAUCACCAAGAACUCCUCCAGAAUUUCAUUGGAGAUGACGCCCAGGGGGAGAUCCAGGGCAACCCAGGCACUUUCGAGGCCCUUACUGUGAUUGCGGUCUGGCUUGACGCACACCAGGGCAUCUUCCCAACAGAUGGAGAAAAGGAUGCUGCCAACAUUAAUGUGAUGAAAUAUCAUCACUUGGUAACUCUUAUUUCCGUAUUCCACCCCAACAUCCGGGUGCGCAACACUGCUACGACACUGGCAGGCUCUGUCCUCCACUCCGAUCCAGACGAAAACAGCCGGUUGACAAUCCUGGAAGAUCUCAUGGAAAACUGCAUCUUUUCUGCACUACAAGCGUGUGCCGUUACCUGGCUACGCGAGGAAAUCAUUACGGCGCGCAAGCCAGAGGCACCCAAGAGCAUCUUUGGCAGUAGCGAGUGCUUUGAGAAGCUCCAGUACACAGUCUUCCCAGACUUGACAUCACUCAAUAGUUUGGACAGCUCUGAGCUAUGGUCCUUCUGGGCUCAGAACUCGGCUUUCCACUUUCAAGUGGCAAACUUUGCCCUGUUCUUGUUUAGUGGCAAAGACUUCCAUGAUGUUGCUCCGGCGGGCAUGGCAGCUGCUGUGGAACACCGGUAUGUAACCCCUCUCAUCCAGGCCACCGAAGCUCUGUCGUCAGCGCUGGACAAGAAGGAGAUUGAAGACACAGAGGUGUCUGGCCUGGGAGCCAAGAUGCAGUUGGAGAUCCUCACGGACACUCUGAAGAGAAUCCCUCUCCAGUAA